AUGUAUGAGGACUGCAUCAAGUCCACUGAAGACUAUUAUCUCUUCUGUGACACUGACGAGACAUGGGGCAUCGUUCUGGAGUCCCUGGCAAUAAUUGGCAUAGUGGUGACAGUUGUGCUCCUCUUGGCAUUUCUCUUCCUCAUACGAAGGGUCCAAGACUGCUGCCUGUGGAAUGUCCUCCCCACCCAGUUCCUCUUCCUCCUGGCUGUGCUGGGGCUCUUUGCACUUGCUUUCGCCUUCAUCAUCCAGUUCAAUGAACAAACCGCCCCCGUACGCUACUUUCUCUUUGGGGUUCUCUUUGCUAUAUGUUUCUCAUGCCUCUUGGCUCAUGCCUUCCACCUGGUGAAGCUCGUCCGGGGUAGAGUCUCCUUCUCUUGGACGACAAUUCUGUGCAUUGCUAUUGGUGUCAGUCUGUUGCAGAUAAUUAUUGCCAUUGAGUAUGUGACUCUCAUGAUGACCAGAGGCAUGAUGUUUGUGCACAUGACACCUUGUCAGCUCAAUGUGGACUUUGUUGUACUCCUGGUCUACGUCCUCUUCCUGAUGGCCCUCACAUUCUUCAUCUCCAAAGCCUCCUUCUGCGGCCCAUGUGAGAAUUGGAAGCAGCACGGAAGACUCAUCUUCAUCACUGUGCUCAUCUCCAUCCUUAUCUGGGUGGUGUGGAUCUCCAUGCUGCUAAGGGGCAACCCACAGCUCCAGCGACAGCCCCAGUGGGACGACCCGGUCAUCUGCAUUGCCCUGAUCACCAACGCAUGGGUUUUCCUGCUGUUCUACGUCAUACCUGAGCUCUGCAUUCUCUACAGAUCAUGUAAGCAGGAUUGUCCUACACAAGGCAAUGCCUGCACAGCCCCAGUCUACCAGUGCAGCUUCCGAGUGGAGAACCAGGAGCCUUCAAGAGCCCGAGACAGUGAUGGAGCUGAGGAGGAUGUAGCAUUAACUUCAUAUGGCACUCCCAUUCAGCUGCAGACUGUUGAUCCCACACAAGAGAGUCUCAUCCCACGGGCUAAAGGAAGCCCCCAGCAAGACGCAGGAUUAUAA